AAAAUAUGUUUCCAAGUCUGAUAUUUUUUAAAUCAACAUCACAACUUUUAAUAUUUACUUAAAAGACAUGACAUAAAAUUCUCACCUUUUGAUACAAAACGGAUUCUCAAGUAACGGUAUCUCUUUAUAUUCUUAUUGAGAGAGCCUUUUCAUAUUACUGCUUCGAGAUAUCACACCCUGUCACGAUGUUGCGUUCGAGAAUUUCGAGAUCCAUUGCGUCAUAACUUGGACUGUACUUAGCACGUUUUCAUUCUAAAGGUGCAAUGUAUUACAAAGUAUUAUACAGGACGGUGUUUCCUAGAUAGUUGUUGCAUGUAUGAUAUAGAUGUUUUGCGGUGUAAGAAUACAAGUUCAAGUUUACGACGCUUGUUCGGAGUGCAACGUCCCCAUUCCUGUCCUCAGCAUCCCGUUGUAGGACCUACACGUCUAGCCCGCUUUUGAGCUUAUCCACAUAUUUAUAAUAUUCACCCGUGUUUUGUUUCCGCAAAUGUGAAGUCUCCUUUAAGGAUGUGGAAAAUACUAUUAGUGGUUUUGAUAAGUGCGUGUGUGACAGCAACGAGGGUGAGAGCAGAAAAUGAUACAGAAAUUCCAAAAAACUCCGAAUUUGUAGACGGGGGAUAUGGACGAAAGUGUGACUGUCGUUGUGGGGAGAGGAACGAGGCAUCCCGCAUAGUAGGUGGAGUGGAGACCGCUGUUAACGAGUUCCCCUGGGUGGCGCGCCUGUCUUACCACAACAAGUUCUACUGCGGGGGAUCGCUCAUCAAUGACCGCUAUGUGCUGACUGCUGCCCAUUGUGUUAAGACGUUCAUGUGGUUCAUGAUAAAAGUCACAUUGGGCGAGCACGACCGCUGCAACAAGACGCACCGGCCGGUGACGCACUUCGUGGUACAAGUCCUCGCUCACAACUUCUCCUUCUCAGACUUCAAGGAUGACAUAGCGCUGCUCAAAUUGAACAAGAUGGUGGCCGUCACGGAUAGUGUGAAGCCCGUGUGCUUGCCUCGGAAUGAUGGUUGGUAAUGUAACUACACUAUAAUAGUUUUCUGCUGC